AAUAUCCUCAGUAAUAAAACCUACCCCUCUAAUAGCCUCAGUAAUAAAACCUACCCCUCCAAUAGCCUCAGUAAUAAAAUCUACCCCUCUAAUAGCCUCAGUAAUAAAACCUUCCCCUCUAAUAACCUCAGUAAUAAAACCUUCCCCUCUAAUAGCCUCAGUUAUAAAACCUUUCCACCCCAUUAA